AUGAGGGACGCUAUACCCUCCGUCGAGGUUAAUUUACUAUGCUAUAUCCUGAAAGGGAAACAAUAUGGCACUUCUGGUGAAGGAAGUAAAAAUGGAGCUUCUCGACAGCGUGCAAAAAAUAUUAUUUUGAACACUAUUCAAGCCAGCACGGACAUAGACAACUCUAAGAGUACCGGUGGUGCUUCAAACACGGCCACUGAUGGAGCCAAUGGAGCCAUUCUAGAUAAGAGGCCAGAUCCGUCAACAUCUGCUCAUGAUGCCAAAGCUCAGCCUGAGCUGACACAAAGUCCUAACAUAUCUGAUCAAACACAUAACGUUAAUCAAACUCUGCAGGAAUCAAGUUCCACUUCUGCGUCUCAUGCUAGGACUGUGAAUUCUCAAAUUAUCGGCCUCGAUACCUCUGAAAAUAAUGCUGCAAUAAAUACGGUGUCAUAUGUCCCAGAAUCGAACAAUCCUGCCACGGUCUCUGAGUCAUCAAAUCACGCCUUUGGCUUUAAUGAGGGAUCUGCUGCUCAUGUAGAUUCCCAGAAUGGCGUAUCAAUCGAUGAAGCCUAUUCUCUUUUCCAUGCACCAAAGGAAUCUCACAACCUGCAGCAGAAUGGAAAUGCCGCUCUGUUUUCGCCACUUGAAAACCAAAAUAUGACUUUUACUCAGUUACUGCAGGACGCUAUCAUGCCUGAUACGCCACUCAAUCACACAUAUACCAUGGACGUUAACAUGUCCCACCAGCUGAUCCCCAAUAGCCAGUUUGAUAUGUUAUAUGCGGCAAACUUCUCUACAAGCGAUGGUGCUCAGCAAUUCUCUGGGUCUCAUAUUACGCAGGACAAUACUCAGGAUCUGUCUACACGUAGCGGUACCUAUGCUUCUCUGGACUUCAAAUUUGAUGCGCAGACAAAUGACACGCUCGAAACUCGGAGCCCAAAUGUGAUGGAUACCAAUUUGUUAAGCCUGAAUGCUCCCAAGGUCACUACGGAUACGGAAUCCAAUGAUACCAAAGGGCGUCAAGUUUCUGCAAGCAAUCUCAAUGAAACCGCUCCUAUCCUUAACAUUCCUCCCCACAUUUUGUCUCUUAUCUCUCCAAAACUUCAGGAGGAAUUUGAUAUGUCUGUCGCAAAUCGUCAGAAGGCAUUCUCAGAGUACUUGGAGCGUGAACGCAUGAUUUGCGCACCUGCUCAGCGAACACUACCAGAGAUUCGACUUGCAAUAGAAAAUAUCGACCGCUGCAUUGACUCCAUCCAACGUCAGGAUCUCCGUAUUGCAGAAAUUCAGGCGGAGGUAGAGAAGGCUCAGCGCAAAUUUCAAGAUGCCGAAAACAUCAAAUCGUUGGAGGAGAAGUUGGCUUUGCUGCGGGACAAAGAAAAGCGUGCACAGUCAAAUCUUGAAAACGGGACAGUAGAGACCUUCUUGGACCUCAAGCAGGCUUUGAUGAAUAUUCGGUCGCAGAUCCAAGAUGUCAGCCUUCUUCUGGAUGUGGCAUCGGCCUCGUUGAAGACCUCCGAGUCGCAGAGCCCUUCGGCUUCGUUACCUGGUCAAUCAAGUGCGGUGAAACCACCAGCUCCAAAGCCCAAUCGCUCGACAUCAACUCAGCCAGUUAACGAGAAGCCCAGUGAAAAACGUGCAGCACCUUCAAAGCCUCCUCCUCGCAAGAAGGCAAAAACAGGACGUCCUAAGCUGAUUGAAGAAGAGUCCGACUCUGACGAGACAAUUGAAGAUCUGGGUGUUGAGACAAUGGAUAUUAUCCAGGAAAGGAUGUGGGCAUCCAUGAACCUACAUGACCGUGCUAAAUUUGAAGCCGGUGCAAGACAGGCCAUGCAUCUCUAUGAAUCCACUGGGGAUAUAACUCAUUUCAAUAUCCGCUAUCGGCUUGCUCUUCGCCACGUCCAAUCUUUCUUGCCAGAAGAAAGCUUUUAUUCCAAAAAAGUGGCUAUUGCAAUCUUUCGGACGGCUUCCCUGAACUUACUAAUUGGAACAUGCGUACUGGGCGGCGUGUUUUCUUCCUAG